UCUCUACCGAUAAUCUAAUCUAAUCUAACCUUACGGUCGGGAAGGGAUUUAAAUUUAUCUGUGGCAAGGGAGAUUGUGAAAAUUCGUAUAGCGGUGAGCUCAGCCUUUCGAUACUGGGAAUAGCGUCCCCAAUAUCGAAAGCAUACUUGAUUGACACAACGAUCGACAUUAUCUCGAAAAUGGAAUUUAUACUGUUCUCCAUUUUUAAUCAAUUAUCCUUAACUCUUUAAUUGUAUCGUAGUCAAUGACAAUCUGGUAAGAAGUUAGAAAUUGUUACGAUUAUUUUAAAAGUUUGGGCUUUCCUAGAGAACCUACAGUUCUUCGAGAAGUUUUUAUCUUAAAUUAUUGCAAGACAUAUGCAUUAUUUUCUUACAAAUUAACAUGUUGCUUUUUUAAACUAUAAAUGGUAUUUAAAAAACUACAAAAUUAUUAUACAUAUAUGAAUCAUCCAUAACGCAUCAGUGUUAAAUAAAACAGUAUAUAAUUUUUAUUAAUAAAUUUAUUUGCAUUAAAUUGAUAUAUUAUUCUAAAAUGACUUCUUUUUAAGGAACGUUUAAUUAUGCUAAAUUUAGUUCGAAUUCUUAUUAUAUCGAUGACGUCACUUUCAUGUAAUGAAAAAUGCAGUCAAAUAAAAAUUUAAAUUUAGUGAUUCUAUGUGUAUACUCGUAGCAAAAAAUGAAGGUCGUUUUCGGUUUUUGUGCUGAAUAGACAAAUUCAAAGAGAAUGCCAUGCGGAAGGCCAAACACGAGCGUCUUAGAAUCGCGGCGGCGUUCUUCCGUAAUAGUUUCGAUGAAGAAGAUGAUGAAGAAAAGGAGGAUAAAGCCACGUUAACAACAGAAUCGGAUGAAGUUCUCUCGCAAACCUUUGACGGCGAUUCGACAACAGUCCGAAGAAAGAUCAGCGUCGCAAAUCCAGAGAUUCCCUCAAAGUUGGUUGCACCUGAUCCUGAACUUGCAAUUUCCAUCUCGUACGUGGAAGAUCGCACUUUUAAACGUUCGCCUGAAAGACCCAGCUCGUCGAACAAUGUGGUGCAUGCGAUACCAAGUCAUUGUGACGCAAAAGAAGUAUAUAACAGGAACAGUGAUGUGAUUUCGAAAACCGAAACGCGAAGUUUGACAGUGCCGAUGGUAGAUUCCGACGCGUCCAAGCACGAAAAUGUCAUUACGAAGGAGUCGUCUGCGAGGUUUCAUUCCUCAUCAGUCGGAGACCACCCAGUGCGCUCUCAUACGAAGCCAACUAUUGUGAAUAGAUGGAAGCAUUCUCAAUUGUCGCCCAAUUUUUUAGAGGUUCCUUCAAAAGCCAGUGAACACGUUCAUUUACCGGAGCGACCACUAAAUACCGAAGAAGAUUCGAAUAUCGGGAAAGUACGCUGCAAUGCAGCGCCGCAAUCUUCACUGACAGCCGCUAUUCGAGACAGUUUUGACGAGAAUCUUGGCAAAAGUAGCAGCCGUAGGUUAACGUUGCCGAUGACGAAUUCCGAUUUGAACCAAUCUACUUUGCAAAACCCUGCGAUGAAGAUCAACCAGAAGUCGCCGACCUUUGAAGACAUUCUGGCCGGCACCAGCGUGAAUCCAAUCCGAAAGUCCAGCAUAGCAAACGCGGCUAUCUGCUCAAGCCUGGCUCCGAGUUUGCUCGGCGCUAUCCCCGGUGUACCGAAUUCCCUCUUGCCGAAUGGUGACUACAAUCUACAGCGAAGCGCCACAUUGUCGAAUCUGUCGACCACCUCCACUGCCAUCAGCGACGACAUUUCCAUUGGUAGAACGCGCCGCGGAUUGAGGUCGUUUCUUCGUCUUCACAUACCUGAAUCACAUCCCGCGACCUGGCAUGACGACGAGGGCUACCAUCAUCACUUGCACAAUUACCACAAUCCUCAUCACGUGUUCUCGCACAUUCACGUACCCACCAUCACCUUCACAGCGCCAGCCACUGAUGGUAUCGGUCGCAAGUUUAGCUUCGCCAUUCGAAGGCACUCGCAGGCGACAUUGCAUCGGACUGACUCGAUGGUAUCGCUUUGUUACCGAUCACUCGCGAGCUAUAUCACAGAUGAUAAUCUCGUCGGACUGCAGAGCUUUCUCGAAAACAAGCGAGUGCAGGUCGACGAUAGAGAUGAGAAUGGUAGCACCGCCCUCAUCCUUGCAGCAACCAAGGGAAAAAUACACUUUGUCCGAGAACUCAUCAAUCAUGGAGCGGACGUCAAUGCUGAAGAUGCGGACAAUUGGACGGCGUUGUUGUGCGCGGCAAAGGAAGGCUAUACCGAGAUUUGUCUUGAAUUGCUUGAGCACGGCGCCGAUUUGGAACAUCGAGACAUGGGCGGAUGGACGGCACUCAUGUGGGCGACCUACAAGGGUAAAUCAGCGACGGUAACAAUGCUGCUAGAGCACGGGGCUGACGUCAAUGCGCAUGGAAAUUUUCAUAUAUCCUCGUUAGUAUGGGCCGCUGGCAGGGGUAAUACUGAUAUAGUCAAAGAUCUCAUUGCUCAUGGAUCGAAGGUCAAUGUCGGGGACAAGUAUGGCACGACGGCACUUGUAUGGGCAUCACGCAAGGGAUGCGUAGAAAUUGUCGAUAUGCUUCUUAAGGCCGGAGCCAAUGUUGAUACGGCAGGCAUGUAUUCGUGGACUGCUCUGAUCGUGGCAACUCUCGGUAAUCAUGUGGAAGUCGUGUCGUUACUAUUGGAACACAAACCCAACGUGAACGCUCUAGACAAAGACGGUUGCACCGCCCUAGCAAUUGCCUGCCGUGAAGGUCAUCAUGAAAUAGCCAACGCCCUUUUAAAUGCUGGUGCUUACGUUAAUAUUCAAGAUCGAGCUGGCGACACGAAUCUAAUCCAUGCGGUUAAGGGAGGUCAUCGAGGCGUGGUAGAAUCGUUGCUGAAAAAAUACGCGGAUGUCGACAUCGCUGGAAAGGAUAAAAAAACCGCAACUUACAUAGCAGUAGAGAAAGGCAAUAUACCGAUACUCAAAUUAUUACUAAACGCUAACCCAGACCUGGAAAUUGCCACGAAAGACGGCGACACGCCUUUAUUACGGGCGGUGAGGUCGCGUAACGCCGAAAUCGUGCAAUUGCUUUUAGACAAGAAAGCCAAGGUCUCGGCUACGGACAAGAAGGGCGACACUGUACUGCACAUUGCGAUGCGUGCGCGAUCGAAAGCGAUCGUCGAGAUACUACUGAGGAAUCCAAAGAAUAGCCAGUUAUUGUACCGUCCGAAUAGACAAGGCGAAACGCCCUACAACAUUGACGUCAAUCAUCCAAAGACAAUGCUUGGUCAAAUAUUUGGUGCUCGGCGCUUAAAUACUAAUGAGGACAAUGAAAACAUGCUUGGUUACGAUUUAUACAGCAGCGCACUCGCAGACAUUCUCAGCGAACCAUCGCUUUCUACACCAAUUACCGUCGGUCUGUACGCAAAAUGGGGUUCUGGGAAAUCAUUUUUACUGAACAAACUGAGAGAGGAAAUGAAGAACUUUGCGCGACAAUGGAUCGAUCCGGUAUUCCAAUUCUCUUCCUUACUUUUUUUAGUAGUAGCUCACGUAUCCCUACUUGUGGGCGUUACGUUGGGUCUUGUCUUACAAUCGUGGAUCAUCGGUCUGUCAUCCGGAAUAAGUUUAUUAGUUAUUGUUUAUAUAUUUCUGAUUCUCGUUUGGCAUGCCAACAAAAGAUACGAUUGGUACUGGCCAUAUAAUCUGACAGUGGAUCUCACCACCAAAUUGAAUACGCUGAAACUGCUGUUGCAAGUGAUCUUCUGUCAUCCACCGGGUAGUCAAUGUCACGAUGGCAUAACAGUGCAGCCGAUAAAAUUUUACUUCACCGAUCAGACUCGCGUGGGUACGACCGCCGCCGGUGAAAACGCAGUCGUGCAAAUGGUUGGCUCGUUGUACGAUUCCAUUGAAAACUACUAUGGCUCUCUAUCUACCAGACUGUACAGGGCAUUUCGACCCAAACCAGAUAAAUCAACCACCACAUGGAAAUGGAGACGAUUAUGUUGCCUGCCAUAUGUAGUCAUAUUUGAAUUCUGCUUAUGCAGCUUGCUUGUCGGCAUCUCGAUACUUACAGUGUAUCUUAUAGAUAUUUCGAAUGAUGAGUCUACGAUAGAACGAGUUACUGCUCAUAUUAUUAUGAUAUCGAUUGCCUUGGUCUUGGCUAUCAGUAUAAUAGCAAAUUUGUACACAUGGAGUAGAACACUGCAGGCAUUGAUUUUUUCACAAAGGAGACACCUUCAACGUAGUAUAUCAAAAUUGGAGACUUUGAAGAGUGAAGGCUUUAUUCAAACUUUAAAAAGCGAAGUCAAUUUAAUGACGGAAAUGGUCAAGUGCUUGGACAGUUUCAUGGCUCAACAAAGUAGACUAGUCGUAAUAGUAGACGGUUUGGAUAGUUGCGAACAGGAUAAAGUUUUACUUGUUUUGGACGCUAUACAGGCCUUAUUUAGUGAUAACGGAUAUCCCUUCGUUGUGAUAUUAGCAAUUGAUCCACAUAUUAUAUCUAAGGCGGUAGAAGUAAAUAGUAGAAGACUGUUCUCGGAAUCGAAUAUCGGCGGUCACGAUUACUUGCGAAAUAUGGUGCAUCUGCCGUUUUACUUGCAAAACAGUGGCUUGCGUAAAGUCAAGGUUGCACAACAGACUGCUCAAUAUUACAAGAAGACAGUGUGGACGGAGGCCGAGGAAAGCGUCAACUAUACCGCGACCAGUACUAUGCAUCACUCAGUAUCCAAUAGAAGGCUCAGCACAGAAUCGGCUAUAAUGAACAGUAACGAAAAACUAAAACCCCAAACCAGAAAAGGUAGUAGAAAGAUGCGAUUGAGCGAAUCGAUCGCUAGCAGUAUCGGCAGUAAUUUGAAUCGAUUGGGAGGCGCGCAGGAUCUCAACAAAAUGUUGCUUACUGAUGAUUAUUUUAGCGACGUGAAUCCUCGUAGUAUGAGGAGAUUAAUGAAUGUCGUUUAUGUCACAGGGCGAUUACUUAAAGCAUUCCAAAUUGACUUUAACUGGUAUCACUUAGCUAGUUGGAUCAACAUUACUGAACAAUGGCCUUUUAGGACAUCCUGGCUUAUUCUUCAUUAUGAUAUGUACGAGGAGAGCCUGGACGACAAUAUGUCCCUGAAAAGUCUUUACGAUAAGGUUCGACCGCAAAUUCCGGUACUGAAAGAGGUGCAACCUCUUCUCGAGAUAGAUAGAGACGAACGCAAGCUGGAUGUUUUUCUUACCUUUCAUCGGUCUAGUUUACUCAUCAGCGAUAUGAAGAUAUUCUUGCCUUUCACUAUUAAUCUAGAUCCAUAUCUUAAAAAAAAGAUAAAGGAGGAACAACAAAGCAUAGAAGAAGAUGCGAAUCUAUUUCAUAAACAAAGUGUUGCUUGGCACGGCCAUGGUGUUCCAACUGAUCAAUGGGCUCCACAAAGAGGCAUAUCGAAUCGACAUGUGAGACUCGCUAAGCAAUCGAGUUUGCAAGGGUCCGUGCCGCCGACACCAUCAUGGAAUUAUCAGUCAAACUUUGAAUGGCAAGCUCCACCAAAUUGGAUACAAAUGCCUUCCACGGAACCAAUGUCAAAACCGCUUUCCGUAACGACCACAUUACCGUCCGAAAUUCUGGAAAUAAAGCUGUCAUCCUUAUCAGUGAAUGGAGUUUGCGACCUGAUUGACAAAAUCGAAAGCCUUAACUCGAGCCAAGCACCGACAUAUAAACAGGCUGUUGAAGAGAAUAAUAUUAAUGGACGAGUUUUAUUGCACUGCGAUUUACAGGAAUUGAAAAAAGUAUUUAAAAUGACCUUUGGGGAUUGGGAAUUAUUUCGCAUGGUAAUUGUAUCACUACGGGAAAUGGAGCUCUCGUCAUUUACAUACGAGGAAGGUCCUCGAAGUGUCCGAUUCACUGAACAAGUACGCAAAGAUCAUGCUUUGCAAAAUAAUUCUAUGCGUGUGUCUACUCACGUUGAAAAAGAGAAAGGAAUAUCGAGAACGGAUGGAUCGACUCGCCGUGAUCAAAAUAAGCAAUCUAUAAUGGAAAAACAGUUUCAGGUAACGUUAGAAGAGCAAAUGAUUUGUGGAGCACUACAAACCUUAAACGAGGAAGCUUGCGAGGAUGUUUUGGAUGUGCCAUCGCCAGCGGUGGCACCAACAGACUCACUUUCUUCAGGACCCGUCAUCUCGGUACACGAUACGGAAUACGUAUUGCUUCAGGCCAGUCCGCUGUUACACUGGGUGCCGGUUAACGAUGAUCCGGUUAGCUCGGACGAGAGCUCACACGAUUCCACGUUCCUUCAACGCACCAACUCUCAACGUAGCGUUACAUCUCAACGUAGCACGAAAUCCGCCUGUUCACAUAAAAGUUUGAAAAGAAGCGGCAGCAACCUUAGCACCAGACCAACCUCACUAUUCGUCUCUCCGCCAGCAUCACCGAAACCUGCGAUCAGAUCGAAAUCAACCGACGAGAGGUGUAUGAGAAACAAUAUAUCCCCAAAGACUAUAUUAUCAUCGGUAUCCACCAAGAGACGCUCAUCCUUGACGUUAAAUAACGAAGUGGUGAUAUCGGUGCCCACCUCCAGCCUAGAGAAGCUGUCAAAGUUAAAGGAUCGCUUGAUCACCACACCAACGACGAAGUCAUCGGCACCUGGUGGCGAGAGCGACGAUGAGUCCACACCAUUAGUAUCUGAACUGUCUACACCAACGCAUUCCCAAUCGGACAGUGUAUUCAAACACGACUGCAGCGCAGAAAACAGUUCACCGUCGUCCAACAGAAGUCUACCGCGGGAUGGAGAACGUCACACAGAUUUGGAUUAUUCUGAUACAGUCAGUCUCGUAAUACGCGAGUCCUCGAACGCUCAACCGUUUCGGCGCGAUACCAAGAUAUGGGACGACACGGAGACACCUGUCUGACACUUGCCAUUUUCUUCUAUACAUAAUCAUGACGCGCAAUAAUGCGUAUAUUCGCUUAACAUUGUAACAUACCAAUGAAGAUGACUGACGUCUGUUGGACAGAUUUACAAACGACGUCAUUCUGUUUUGACGAUAAGCGUUGAGAUAAGAUAUCAGUCUCAUGUAAAUAACUAACAAAUUUUUUUACAAUUAGAAUGUUAAACGUGUUCAUCUGCUUAGUGAUUUGAUAGGGAACGAGUAAUGCCUUCUCGCGCAAGUUGUGCAAUAAUCUUUUAAUUUAGUAAAAUAAGAUGAUCUCGAGAUAUAUUAUGUCGAAGCGACAUUCCGUGUAAAUAUUAAUGCAUUUACGAAUGCAAAUAUUUUCCUUUUUAUAUUGAUUACUGAAUUCAUGUAUUGAAACGAAAAAAACGAGGAAUAUUUCCUGAUUUAUAUGUAUUAUAGUAUGUACCAAACUAACGUCCUUUAAUCUCCAAUUAAUUUCAGUCAAUUUAUAAUGUGCAAAUGAUGACUUGAAAGAUAACAGAUAAACGCUGAAAAGAAUAUUUUAAAGAAGAGAUAAUUUUCGAAACUAGUAUGCAUGAUUGUUGAUUAAACUACAUUUCUAAUAUAAUUUAUAGAAUUCUAUCUAUAAUUUUAUCGAACAAAAAUGUGGACUAUAAAAGAAUAACUUGUGAAAACAAUAAUUUUCACUUUAUAUUAAACGAAAAUAGACGGUUUUUUUUUCGAUUUGACUGGCAAAUUUUAUUUGUUAAUUACACUACGUUUUCGAUGUAGGGUUCAGAUCCUUAUCAAGUAUAAUAAAAUUACAUCGAUUUGGCUAUUCUCUCCACAGAGACAUUAAUGUUCGAUGAGUCCAUGCCUACGGAUUACUGAUUUAAUUUUUUAAUAAAUUAACUUUAUUUCCAAAACAAGAAAUUUUCUAGAAAACACUGGACACAUUUAAUUAGUCGAAAUAUGUUAAAUAUAUUAGUUUUAAUAUUUCUUCAUUAAGUAUUUAAUAUUUCGAUGUGUUUCUUUUCUUUAUAUCACGAUAUAUUAAUAAUCAUGGAAAAAUGUAAACAAUGUAUUAAUGAUACAUUUGUUUUAUUAAAAGGCAAAAAUUAUAAUUACAUAACAUUUAGGACAUUUUAGGACGGAAUACGUCAGGGUAUUGAUCAUUCAUUGUAAAA